CUUUCAUUCACUUCACUCCUUACAGAUCACAAACACGAAGUCUCAUUCACUUUGAUCUCCAAAAAUUGUUCAGAAACCCAAGAAUCAAAUCAAAAUUGGGUUUCAUUUCUCUCUUUCUCUCCCACUGUAGAGCUGCUAGCUAGGCUUGGUUACUUCAAACCCUCUCUGCUUUUCUUCACUUUUCUGUUUUGUGACUUUUGUCCACUGAUUCCAACAUUAAACAAAAAUUGGUCCAAGUUCAUUUGUAUAUGCAAUAUCUGGUUCAACAGUGAAAAGGUCUUUAAAUUUUAUUUAUACUAUAGUAUCAGAGUAGCCUCUGAAGAACUCUGAACCAAGAGAAAGAAAAACAAAGGACAACUUGGAAUACCAAAACCUCAAUUUUGAGUGAUUUUUGAAGAUAGAUAGAGUCAAAGAGAGAUAAAGGGGUAGCUUAAAUUUUUCAGCUUUUGGAGAAAGAGACAUCACUCACGCACCACCGAGAUCCAUUUUUUCAAGACAGUUGAAGAAAAAAAAUGGAAACAAUGUUGCCUCAGAACCAAGCAGAGGAAGCAAUAGUCACAACAAGCCUUAACGAGACAGAGAGUGAAGUUGGUAUGAGGGAAGAAGAGAAGGAGUUGCAACAACAAGACCACUCCAUGUUCAACAUCAAGAGCUUCCUCUGGCAUGGGGGCUCUGUUUGGGACGCAUGGUUCAGCUGUGCUUCAAAUCAAGUGGCUCAAGUGCUUUUGACACUGCCCUAUUCUUUCUCUCAACUGGGCAUGCUAUCAGGAAUCUUGCUUCAGAUUUUCUAUGGAAUCUUGGGAAGUUGGACAGCGUAUCUAAUCAGUGUCCUCUACAUGGAGUACCGUACCAGAAAGGAAAAAGAAAAUGUCAGUUUCAAGAACCAUGUCAUUCAGUGGUUUGAAGUGCUUGAUGGGUUGCUGGGUCCGUAUUGGAAAGCAGUGGGCUUAGCCUUCAACUGUACUUUCCUCCUCUUUGGAUCUGUGAUUCAGCUUAUAGCAUGUGCAAGUAACAUCUACUACAUAAAUGACCACUUGGAUAAACGAACUUGGACUUAUAUCUUUGGAGCUUGCUGUGCCACCUCUGUGUUCAUACCCUCCUUUCACAAUUACCGUAUUUGGUCUUUUCUGGGACUUGGAAUGACCACUUACACUGCUUGGUACUUGGCUAUUGCAGCUCUUAUUCAUGGCCAGGCAGAAAAUGUGACACACACGGGUCCAACGAAGCUAGUGCUGUACUUCACAGGAGCCACCAACAUACUGUACACGUUUGGUGGACAUGCAGUUACUGUAGAGAUUAUGCACGCCAUGUGGAAGCCACAGAAGUUCAAGUACAUAUACUUGCUGGCCACUUUGUAUGUUUUCACUCUAACGAUUCCUUCUGCUGCUGCCGUUUACUGGGCUUUUGGUGAUGAACUUCUCAAUCAUUCCAAUGCAUUCUCUCUCCUCCCCAAAAAUCGAUUUCGUGAUGCUGCUGUAAUCCUCAUGCUCAUUCACCAGUUCAUCACAUUCGGUUUUGCUAGUACUCCACUGUACUUUGUCUGGGAGAAGGUAAUUGGGAUGCAUGACACAAAAAGCAUUUGCAUAAGGGCACUAGCAAGGUUGCCAGUGGUGAUACCCAUAUGGUUCUUGGCCAUAAUCUUCCCUUUCUUUGGGCCCAUAAACUCUGCAGUUGGAGCUCUUCUGGUUAGUUUCACAGUCUACAUCAUUCCCGCCACAGCUCAUAUGCUUACUUACAGAAAAGCCUCAGCCAGACAGAAUGCUGCUGAGAAGCCUCCUUUCUUUAUGCCAAGCUGGACUGCAAUGUAUGUCUUCAAUGCAUUCAUUGUGGUGUGGGUUUUGGUGGUUGGGUUUGGAUUUGGAGGAUGGGCCAGCAUGACCAACUUCGUUAAGCAAAUUGACACAUUUGGGCUCUUUGCCAAGUGCUACCAAUGCAAACCCCCAACUCCACCACCCAUGGCAGCAGCACCACCUCCUCAUGCCCAUCAUCAUCACUGAGUAGCAACUCAUCCAUGACUCACCACUUCAACAUCAUAAUAGAGUUCAGCUGAAAUCAUAGUUUCAUUAUAUUUUGUAUCAUACAUGGGGAAUCUUAGUAACACUCCCCCUUAAUUUGAUGUGUGCUGGUUGUGUUUUGUUGUAAUUUUCUUUUUCUUUUUUCUUUUCUUUCUCGUUACACUAUAUAGGUUUUCUUUUUCUUUUUUCCAUUAAGAUUAGUUGAUUAAAAUUUUAAAAAUAGUGUGGUCAAUGGGUAUGAUUCCUUUGCUAUAAAUGCAUCGGCUAAUUAAAUUACGUUUGUUUUGGUAA